AUGAUACAAGCAGCAAAGUGCCCUUUGAACAGGAGGAAAUCUUCCAGACUCAAUGACGAUAUUCCAGAAGAAGACGCCAUUAGUGUUUAUGUAGACAGGGCCUUUUCCAGAAGAACCCAGGUAGCCGGAUGUGGCGGAGUGUUGAGCAGGGGCAACGGUGCAACUAUAGAAUCCUUUUUAUGCCGCAUAGAGGGAAGAGAUAGCCUCACUGCUGAGAUCUGGGGAUGCAUUUGGGGACUCAGGCGAGCCUGGGACAAUGGCUUUCGUAUGGUUAGACUCCUUACAGACUGUACCGAGCUGAUCUCCCUAUGUAACUCAGAAGACGUGCACCUUCAUGAAGAUGAAAGUUUGAUCAGGGAACUGCAAAGCUACUUGCGACGUGAUUGGACUGUCCAGCUGAGAUACAUUAAUCGAAAUGAAAAUAAGGUGGCGGACCUGCUAGCAAAAGAAGCUCUCUCCAUGGGCUUUGGUCUACAAAUUCUCUCCAACGAGAGCACGGGACAUCUGCUCCUUGAGAGGGGCACCCUUUAG